AUGCACCACGUGAGCGAAUUCAUCCCAUACUCGCCUCAUGUACUGACUUCCAUUAGCUGUAUCGCCUACAAAGACGAAUGUCAUUAUGAUAAGCCCCCGUCUUUGGCCUACGUACGCUCUCUCGAGGAAGAGAUCCACGAGCUGAAGUCGCAACUCCGCCAAGUUCAGAAGCAGGUGUUGCUCAGCAAGAACCAGCAGAACGACGAAAGGAAACUCACUUCGGCUUCGCCAGCAAGCGACACCGCCGUCUCACACCAAUCCGGAAACCAAUCCCUUCGCAACCGUCAUGUCAAAUGGGAGGCUGAUAUCAGCGUCGAUGAUCAUGGGGGCGUCACCUUCCACAACUCAACCUCUGCCGUCCAUGAGCCGCCCAACAAUUCCGCCCUAAUGCCUAUGGGUAAGAUACCCGAUCAUUCAAUGCCGCAGAAUGAACAGAUGAAGCGAGAUCUUGUCAUGAAUGCCACUCAGCAGCGACAGAUGGAGCCUUUUGCGAUCGCCAACAGCGCUGUCAAGGUCAACAUCCCAAAGGAGCUGUCGCUCGAGCUGUUGAAGUAUCACUGGUGUUGGAUACACCCCUUGUUCCUCUUCGUCUACCGCCCGGCCUUUACGCGAGGUAUGGCCAUGAUCGACUACAACUCACAUGAUGCUCGAGACCCUCCUUACUUCUCCGACACUCUUCUGAAAGUCAUGCAUGCGCAUUGUGCGCGUUUCCUCAACCACGAUGUGUAUCAACAUCACUACCAAGCCACUGCCGAUGGUCGUAGUCCAAUCACUCAGACUUUCUCGGCCCAGGACUUCAUGCAAAAGAUGACGGAUGAGGCUCGGUAUGGUCUUGGGAUGGACAUGCUGCAGCCAAGUUCCAUACCUACCAUUCAAGCCCUGCUGCAACAAUCCGCGCGUGAAGUGGUGUUCGGGCGUUCGUCGCAGGCAUGGACUUUUGCUGGAGUUGCUUUCCGCAUGGCCCUCGACAUGGGCAUACAUCUACCUAGCGACCGAUUGCAGUCCUUUGUCAAGAGUUUGACGCCUGAGGACAUCGAGAUUCGGAAGCGAUUGUUCUGGAGUUGCUACACUUGGGAUAAAAUCCUUUCGCUGUACCUCGGGCGAAUGCCAGGCUUCACCCAUCCAGCGACUGAUGAUAUCCCCAUAUCGUUUAUGGACGACUAUUCAGACGCCGACCACUGGGCACCCUACUACGGGGAGACGCCGAAACCGGACCACGCACAUGCACCAAAUUAUCCUCCUUGUCCAGGAUAUGUUGUAUCGUGCUUCCAACAAAAUUGCCGCUUAUGCGUCAUUCUAAAUGACCUUAUGCAAAACAUCUACUCACCCGAAGCAGCCGCACGACGAGAUGACGAAGAGAACUCGGCCGAAGCCAAAGCCGCCAACGAAGAACCUUUCAUUCGUAUAUCUCGUGAUCUACGAGAGUGGUACAUUGCCUUGCCGCCGCAUCUCCGGAUCAACCCCGACCAGAUGCCUCGUCUUGCGCCUCCCGUGCACAUCAUGUCGCUCAACCUACUGUAUCAUACCACGGUCAUUCUACUUCAUCGGCCAGUGAUUCUAGGUGCUCGCGAUAUCAACGCUGCUGGCCCGUACCGCUCCUAUCAGACGUGUCUAUCUGCCACUGCUGCGAUCCACGACCUCCUCAUGUUGCAGUCUAACACUUUUGGUCUGAGCCAUGUCUCAUACCUGAAUGCUUACAGUGCAUACAUAGCUGCCACCAUCGCAGUCUUGCGCUUUGAGCGUGAGCAUAACGGCACCCAAGACCCAACCACCAGCCUUGACCGUGCCGGUCUUUCUUUGCUUCUUGAAGUGCUCUCCCGCACCGCCGCCGCCAUGCCGGCUCUCGAAAGGUCUCACGCCAUCAUCCAUAAACGCAUGCAAGCUGUCUUAGACCGCCAACCUCGUCGUCCCUCACAACCACCACCAACCGCCUCGCAGCCUUUCUCGCUUCCAACUACCCACGAGGCGACACUCGCGCAGCCCACUGCUUUCCAGACAAUCUCGAACGCAGCCAUCACACAGUCCUACGAUCCCAACAGCGGGUUCGUGGCCCCGAUCCCGUGGCAGAGCGACCUGCGAUCCUCGCUAUACCACGAGUCCGCGAAUGCCGCGCACAUGAUGGAGGAUUUCCUUCCCGCUUUCCCCGGUCAGCAGUUUCCGGUGGGAAGCGAGCAUAGCUUUGGCAGCGAUGUGGACACGCAAGCUCGGACCGCGCUGCUGGGAUACAGCUUGGAUCCGCAUCCAAGGUUGAACGCCGGAGACAUUGACUGGGGUCUCAUGGAAGGGUAUCACGGAACUAAUAAUGGAGGUGUAGGUGCAAUGUGA